AUGGGCAGUUUUGAGUUGCAUGGCUCGAAAACCGAGUUGAUCAAUCUACCAGCAGUGACCCCAGAGUCGUUAUUGUCAAGGCCCGAAGCUACUCACAAAGACAAUACCAACCAUUCGGGAUUUGAGCUUCAGGCGCAGAGUAGCCCAUCGGAAUAUUUGCAUGGGCUUCGACUAUGGACUGUAGGGGCCAGCUUAUCGCGCGGUAGUGUCGCGCUGGGUCUCUUCUUAGCUACAGCUGAGAUCACAGUAAUCAGCACAUCGCUUGUCACCAUCAACGAACACCUUGGACGAGGCAAUCAAAGUACGUGGGUCAUCACGUCGUACCUCUUAACCUACACCGGAUUUCUCGCCCCUUGGUCUAAAUGCGCUGUCACUUUUGGUCACAAACCAACCUUAUUGAGCUCUCUUCUCCUAUUCAUUGCUUUUUCCGGGGGCUGUGGUGCCGCCCAAAGCAUCAACCAACUCCUAGUGCGCAUCGUGCCUCCGAACAAAUAUGCGAUUGCCAGCGCCGUCGGCUCCAGCGUGUUGACUUUCGCCCUCAUCUUGGGAUCGCUGAUCGGAGGUGGCAUUAGCAGUUCUGGCUCGUGGCGCUGGGUUUUUCUCUUCAACGUCCCUGCGGGAGGAUGGGCGUGGAUUACGCUCUUCCUGCUCGCUCCGAGGCACUUUAGUGGGAGGAUCAGGAGUCGUCCUGUACGGACCCAACUGCAUGAAUUCCUAACUCAGGCCGACCUAUUGGGAUACCUACUUCUGUUAUCGUUUUCGAUGCUAUUAGUGGCCGCUUUGGAGGAAGCCAACGUUCGAUAUGCCUGGUCAUCCGGGAUUAUCAUUGGGUGUUUGGCCAGCUCGGGCGUCCUUCUGGUGGCCUUUCUGGGUUGGGAGUGGAUCCUCAGCAGCCGAAAGCACGUGCGCAUGGAACCCAUGUUGCCAUGGCGGUUGUUCAGAAGCAGAGUGGUGUUGGGAAUCAUCAUUGGCUUCUUCCUGACCGGGCCUGCAAUCACUAUACUAUACAUCGAGCUCCCCCAAAAAUUCCAGACCGUCAAUAACUUCACCCCAAUAGAGGCGGGCUUGAGGGUUCUCGCCUUUGGGGUGGGCUCCCCGGCGGGGGCAUUAUGCUGCACUGUCCUGGCCGGUCGGCUGGGAACCCCGUUCGUCUAUCUGACAUUGGCUGGGUCCGUGCUACAGAUAGUGGGGGCCUUCCUGCUGUCUUCCGUGCCGGCCACCGUGAAUGCCUGGCCGGGCGAGUAUGGAUACAUGGCUGUAACUGGUCUGGGCACCGGAAUAUCCAUCGCGGCCCUGUAUAUGGCUGUUCCGAUGGUGGUCGGACAUCGUGAUCAAGCCGUUGUGAUGGGCUUGACCCUCCAGGCCCGCAUGCUGGGUGCCUCGCUAGGCAUUGCCAUGGUGAAUAGCAUAUUAAUCAAUUAUGUUAAAGGGCAUCUUCCGCCCGCCAACGCUGCUGCAGACCAGAACCAUCUCUCCGGAUUACCGAUGAAUGUACAGGAAACGAUCCGUACAGCAUAUGCACAUGGUUAUAAUCACCAGAUGUACGCAGUCGGGGCUUGCGGUGUGGCCCAGCUGUUUGCGGUUGUGCUGAUGUGGAAGAAAAACCAAGUCCGGUUCGAUCGUCAAGCGAAGGCGACUUGGGCCUAUGAUCACGAGACCAACCAAGAACUUGGAAACCUGGACGGCUUAGUGGUAAGGCAGUAG